GCAACUCCUUAUUAAGUGCUGUUAAGUGAUUGCGGUGCUGUUAAGCGCGAAAAAUGCUUUAAUUGUUGAUCCGUCCCGUAAACAAACAAUAAAUAAUGGGGAACCAUAAGGUUUUGCGAUCGGCGGGUAGAAAUUUGCGUUAUUCGAUGUAUGAGUUUAUUGAGGCGGUGCACAAGCGCUCAAUUAUAUGGGAAAGAAGUCAUCCGAACUUCCACAACCGGGAGCUGAGGGAUCAGGCCUGGCAGCAAAUCGGCCAGGAGCUAUGCGCAAAUUUCCAGGGCUCCAGUGACCCGGAGAAGCAGGAAAUCGUGAAAACCCUGCUCAAACGAUGGAAAAACACGAGGGACAGCUAUUUGCGGGUGAACCGGCUGCGACAAAGUGGCGAGGAGGUGGCCAGAGCUUCAUACAUCUACGAAAAGGAGCUGAGUUUCCUGCUGGAUGUGAAAGCAGAAACGGAGGACGACGAAGAGCCCCUGAAGGAGGAGCCUAAGUUCCAGGUCAAACGGAAACGUCUGCCCGCCGCCCACAGAUCUGUGAAAACUCCAAAACGAAGGAGGAACUCCGACCAGGAAUCAAGUCUAGAGUGCGCCACCAAUAACCCAGCCAUUCCGGAUAACUUCCACUCGGCUCUGGAGGAUGUGAGCUACGCAAGGGAGGAUACAGUGCCUCUGGAGAUCACACCCACCCCACACUUUCCUGCAGAUCCACCGCCGUGUAGUACAAAUACCGCCCCCACAUCAGCACCCGCUGAUCCCGACCAGGCAUUCUUCGACACCAUAAGGCCGCAUAUGCAACGAAUGUGCGCUGACCGCAAGCUCGACUUUCAGAUCGAAGUCUUAAAAAUACUACGUAAUUUUAAGCCAAACUGAAUAAUAACUAUAAAUAUUAAAUCAUGUUUUGGGCUUUGCAUUUUAACAGCCGAUACAAACAGUUAACAUGGCCAGUGAAUAAUCGUUAUCGUUAAUCGAAUUGUGCACUAGGCGGGAAAAUGUAAUCGUUAUUUGAAAAUUCACAUACAAGCUGGAACUAUUUUAUGUGACGAAUGCAUUCGAUUUUUGAUUGUUCUGAAAUUCAAUUGUGACGACUACAGCAAAUGAUUUGUUUAUUUGUUUUUGAUUAACUCAACAAUGCGAGUUAUUGGUAUUUUAUCUUAAUAUAAUUAUAAGUAUUUAAUACAAAUACAUUUUUGGUGACUUAUUAUUAUAUUAAAAACAAUGCCGAAAACCCUAUAAGGAAGCAUUUACUGAAAAUAAAAUUUGUCUCGAUUUUUACGCUGACUGCAACUUAAAUAAAAUAAAAUUAUAAAAUAAUGAAAAACAUAUACGAGUAUGUACGUUCUUAAAAGUACUUUUUAAUAAAUUGUGGGUAUACAAAAAGGUUAUUAUUUGUGUUAA